GUGAACCAGCAGAGAGUAAUAGUUUCUUGGGCCUUCAUCUCUCGCUAACUAACUAAUCACCAGCAAAAUGACUUUCUCUGAUGCUGAAAAGGCUGCCAUUGUGUCCAUCUGGGGCAAGGUUUCCGGAAAUGAGAACUCUCUUGGUGCUGAAGCUUUGGAAAGGCUAUUUUUGAGCUUCCCUCAGACCAAGACCUACUUCAACCACUUUGACUUGAGCCAUGGAUCUGCUGAUCUCCAAAGACAUGGUGGCAAAGUCCUGGGUGCCCUUGGAGAGGCUGCCAAACAUCUGGACAAUAUAGAGGGUGCCCUGGCCAAAAUUAGCGACCUGCACGCCUACAAUCUGAGAGUGGACCCAGGAAACUUUGAGCUUUUGUCUCACUGUAUCCUGGUUGUUCUGGCCUCUCACUUCCCAAAAGAAUUUAAUGCUGCGGUCCAUGCUGCUUGGGACAAGUUCAUCCACACUGUCUCUGGUGUUCUGACCUCCAAAUACAGAUAAA